AAAUCCAAGUUUUCCACUCUUUGAUGGUAUUUCGUAGCUAGUUUUUUCCUUUGUAUUCAAAACCAAUGGCGUACCAUGCUUAUUGAACUUGGCACUUGAGAAAAGGUAUAAAAGACUUGAUUCCACUGUUUUGAGCUACAGAUCGUCUUUUCUAUUUCGUUGUUCACUAUCAAAAAUCGUAAUGAAGCUAACGGCAAUUUGUUUGCUGGUGCUUGCAACGAUUGCAAUAGCGUCGGCCAUUCGUUUUGAUGAAUCCGAGCCAGAUGGUGACGAAUAUGAUGAAUCAGUUAGUAGACCAUCAAAAUCAAAGUGGCGCCCAAAAAAAGAUUUUAAUAUUCACAUAGUGAAAAAACAUGGACGCAGAGGCAAAAUUCGUCAAAUUCAUUUAUAUCCUGUGAAAUCUAAUUACCGAGAUGAUCGUGAUCAUGGUUCACAUUCUGAAUCCGAAACCCACGAACAUGUUGGGUAUACUAGCAAACAACAGGAAACAGCUGCCGCAGAAAGUUCGAAAGUGGAAAAAAUGAUUGACGUCGAUGGAGCCGACCAAGAUAACGCUGGUUCCGAUCAUCAUUAUGAACAUAAGCAAAAAAUCAAAAUAAAACAUCAUCACCACCAUCAUCAUCACAAUCAUAUUAAGACGAUAGUGAAGAAAGAACCUUUCCCAGUUGAAAAAAUUGUUAAGGUGCCCCAACCAGUACCAGUAGAAAAAAUUAUAAAGGUGCCAGUUGAAAAGAUUAUAAAGGUCCCGCAAAUCGUCGAAAAAUUGGUCCAUGUUCCCAAGCCAUAUCCGGUUGAUAGGGUAAUAGAAAAGGUCAUUCCAAAACCAUACCCUGUUAAAGUGACUGAGGUGAAGGAAGUGAAGGUGCCCGUUCCGGUUGAAAAAAUAGUUGAAAAAAUUGUCCAUGUCCCCAAGCCCUAUCCUGUAGUUAAACAUAUUCCUGUUGAAAUCAAAGUGCCAGUUCCCAUUGAAAAGCCAGUUCCCUACACCAUUGAAAAAAAGGUUCCUUAUCCCAUUAUCAUUCCCGUAAAAAGGCCCCAAUAUCAUCAUUCCCAUCACCACGAUUUAAAUCAUCAUCAUGGACAUCAUGAUUCCCCUCAACAUCUUUCAACCUACGAUCAUCACACGGAUUUUACAAACAAUAAGUAUCAACAGGUGAGUGCUCAGAGACCACAAUCAUCAGAGCAGAGCUCUUCGUCUUCGUCCUCAUCCUCAUCCUCAUCAUCAGGAGAGUACCAAGAAUAUUUGCCACGACCACAACAUUUGCGUGAAGCACCAGCCACUUCUCAACAAGAGCAAACAAAAUUAUUUUCUCCCUCGCAAUCGGAUACACCGUACAACAAUCAACCGUACAAUCAACAACACCAAUUGCAUCACCAGCAACAGUACGCUCAGCUGCGUAGAGAUUUACUAACACGCGAAAGAAUGCGAUCAAGCAGCGAAGAAAACGAAGAUGAUUCAACAGAAUUUCGGCCGAUAGCCGGAAGUCAAUCGGCUGAGUACAUGUCACGGUCACCGUCGACGAACGUUGAAACGGUCGUCCCGGCGCCGCCACAAAAUCAACAAACCCGAUCAUCAUUUCACAUCAAUGUACCCAAUGAAAAUGAGCCCGUUAAAGAAACAACAUCAACGAGUGGCCACACAAACAACCAAUUCACACAUAACAUCGAAAUCCCCGUUCAUUUUUACCGACUACAGCCAUUAGAGAAUGGGGAAGGCUUUGCAAUUACAUCAUAAAAAUGUAUAGAAUCAACCGAAUUUCUUUGGUUUUAACAGUUAAAUGUAUGAACAAUUUUAGUCAUAGCGAAUAAUUUAAACAAAAGCAAAGCAGAAGAAACGCAAGCGAAAUAAAGUGUAUGGAAAAAAGAUUAUUACCAAAGCAAUUGCGUGAAAAACAAUACGAAAACUUUAGAUUGACUUGGGAUUGAUUUGUGAAAUUGGUCAUAAUGUUAACAUUCGGCGAGAAAAUACUUUUGCAUUUGCACUCUGAAAAUAUUCAUCACACGAGUAGUUCAAUUCUUUUUAUACUCAUUUGAUGGCCUCGUCGAGUGUUAGACAAGCACUCAUCUUCAUCGUGCUUUCGUUGAAUUACAUGUACUUGUUACUAGAAAGUUAUAGUGUGGAUCUAAAAUAUAUAUAAGACUUUGCGAAUGAUAACUUUAUAACUUUCGUUGGUAAUUAUUCUUUGACAGCUUGUUCCUUUCGCAUUCAAUAUUUCACUUUCCUCUUCUCUUUCUUUCUUUCUUUUCUGCAUCGACCCUUUUAUUUAAAGACAGCUUUG